AUGGGAAAACGAGGACGUCCGCCAAAAAGAAAAUCUGCUAUCAAUACUCCAUCAAAAGUUGACCAAUGUUAUACUAUAUUAAGUAGUGAUGACGAAACUGGUAAUAAAAAAGAAACUUUACGUCUACCAUCUCCAAGCCAACGCCGAGGAGUAGGAAAUGAACGUAAUGAAACAAUUAUUAUUACACCACCUGAUCGUUCAAAACCUUCGACAAACAAUGUUGAAAAAAGUACACCAGUAACAAGAAGCAAUAAUAAUAAUAAUAAUAAUAAUAUUAAUAAAAAGAAGGUUACAAUUAAUCAUCAUACCAAAGACAGCGAAGCAUCUGGUGAUACUGAUGCGACGGAAGUAUAUUCCGUUAGUAAUGGUGAUGAUGAGGAUUAUACUGAAGAAGCACCAACAAUUUCACCAAUAAAACGUAAACGUAAACCACCAGUUAUUAAGGUUAAUCAUGAUCUAUCAGAAAAUAGUGAUGAUGAUUUAACGUAUUUACGACGUUCAAUAAAUACAAAACAAAGAAAACGUCAAGAAACCUCAUCAUCAUCAUCAUUGUCAAGUGAUGAUAGUCAAUCACGAAAGCGUGCUCGUCCACCUAUUCCAACAUUUAAACGAGCACAAGCAAAAAAGAAAAAUAAAAAAAAUUUCGAUGAAACAUCUAAUGAUGAUGAUGUUUUAAGUGAUGGAGAUUAUAAUACAGAUGUUGAAAAAAUGGAUGAUAAAGCAUUAAUUAAAAAAACUGAACAACGAAUGUUACAUGAUGAAGAUUUAACAGUUAUGACACAAAAAGCAUUACAAGAUGAACGACAACGUGUACAACGUAUUCAAGAAAGGCAAUCACAAUUACCUCCAUCCUCACAAAUUCUUAUUGAUGAGGAUGAUGAUGAUGAUCAUUUUAAUUUGGAUGAUAAUGUUAAAAAACAAGAUGAGAAGAAAGAAACAAAAUCAUUAGUUUUUGAAUAUGAUUCAAACACAGGUAAACCACUUAUUUGGGUACUUCCUGAAUUAGUAGCUAAAAUGAAACCACAUCAAUUGGAUGGAACUAUGUUUUUAUGGGAAAAUGUUUUUGAAUCAGUUGCACAAAUUAAAAAAGAUAAUACUGGUACUGGAUGUAUUUUGGCUCAUCAUAUGGGAUUAGGGAAAACAUUUCAAUUAAUAUCAUUUCUACAUGCAGUAUUUAAACAUAGUGAUAUAUCACGUACACGUACUUGUCUUAUACUUUGUCCUGUUAAUGUUAUAUCAAAUUGGGCAGCAGAAUUUUCUUAUUGGUUAUCAGGUGUUCGUCCAACAAUAAAAGUUUAUCAAUUUUCAUUAUUUAAAACAAAAUCUGCACGUUGGGAACGUUUAGAAAAAUGGAAUGAUAAAGGUGGUGUUAUGUUAAUGGGCUAUGAAAUUUAUCGUCGUUUAUCAAAUGAUGCUGAUUAUAAUUUUUUCCUAUCAGAUCCAGGUCCAGAUAUUGUCGUUUGUGAUGAAGGUCAUGUACUUAAAAAUGCUAAAGCUGGAAUUUCAAAAGCAUUAAAUAAAAUUCGUACUAAACGACGUAUUAUUUUAACUGGUACACCAUUACAAAAUAAUCUUCGAGAAUAUUAUUAUAUGGUUCAUUUUGUUAAACCACAUUUAUUGGGUACUUAUCGUGAAUUUAAAAAUCAAUUUAUUGAUCCAAUUCGUGCUGGACAACAUAAAGAUUCAAAUAUAUAUGCUGUACAAUUAAUGAAACGACGUGCUUUUGCUUUACAUGAACGUUUACAACAUUGUACACAUCGUCGAGAUUUUAAUGUACUUCGAAAAUACUUACCAGAAAAAUAUGAAUAUGUUGUUAAAAUUUAUAUGUGUGAUUUACAAAAACAACUUUAUAAUAAAUAUUUAAAAAUUCAAAAUAUUGAUCCAUCGACUGGUUUUAAUACGGCAAAAUUAUUUGCUGAUUAUCAAUAUUUAAUGAAAAUUUGGACACAUCCAUGGUUAUUACGACCACAUUUUAUUGAUCGUUGGAAAAAACAACAGAAAAAAAAUGAUGAUGAAUCAGAUAAUAUUGAUCCAUUCUUUGAUGAUAUCUUUGCUGGAUUAUCUGAUGAUGAUGCGGCUGCUGAAGAUGAACCACAAAAGAAGCAAUCGAUACCAAAUAAACGAUUAGCAACAAAACCGAAAACGGGUGAAUCCAACCAUCAUCGACAUAAAAAUGAUGAAAACGAUGGUAAUUCGAGUUCAAAUUCAUCAUCUUCAUCUACUUCAGAAUUUUUGGCUUUAUUUAAUAAUACAAAUUGGAAACAAUAUACAUCGACAUCAUCAUCAUCAUCAACAGCAUUAGCACGUACUUCAACGACACCAUCAACUUGUUCAACAAAUGAUCCAUGUCAACAAGCAAUGAAUGACGAAUGGUGGUUUUCAUUUUUUGAUAAUACAGCCGAAUAUGAUAUUAGUUUAAGUGGAAAAUUAUCAUUUCUUAAAACAUUACUUGAUGAAUGUGAACAAAUUGAGGAUAAAGUAUUAUUGUUUAGUCGUUCACUUUUUUCACUUUCAUAUUUGGAACAAUAUCUUAAAUAUUGGGAUUCAAUUGCUAGUGGAAAAAAAAUUCAAGCAGAUGAUUUUGAUGCUAAAGUUAAAGCCAAUGGACGAUGGAAAUUUGGUAUUGAUUAUUUUCGUAUUGAUGGUAGUACAGAUAUUGCUACACGAACUAGUUAUAUAGCGAAAUUUAACGAUGCAGCUAAUAUUCGUUCACGUCUUUUUAUUGUUUCAACAAUGGCUGGUGGUAUUGGUGUUAAUUUGAUUGGUAGUAAUCGUGUAGUUAUUUUUGAUUGUAGCUGGAAUCCUUCUUCGGAUUUACAAGCUUUAUUUCGUUCGUAUCGUUUGGGUCAAAAAAAGGCAACUUAUGUCUAUCGAUUAUUAAGUAAAGGUUCUAUGGAAGAGAAAAUUUAUUUUCGUCAAGUUAAUAAACAAGCUAUGGCUCAACGUGUUGUUGAUGCUCAACAACUUGCUCGACAUUUUACUGAAUCUGAAUUACGUGAACUAUAUGCAUUUAAACCUGAGGAAGAUGAACCACAAGAAUAUAAAUUGCAUGAAUUACCAGAUGAUGCUAUAUUAAGAAAUUGUGUUAAAAAAAAUCAUGCAUUAGUACAAAAUAUACUUGAACAUGAUUCUUUACUUGAAAAUCAUAUUGAAGAGCAAUUAACACGUGAAGAAAAAUAUUAUGCCAUUAAAGAACUUGAACGAGAUGAACGACAAGCUGAAUAUCAGUCAGCUAUUGCUAAAACAUUAGCUAAUCUUGCACAUAAUAAUAAUAACAAUAAUAAUAAUACAAAUUUGCCUCAAAGUCAUUCGGAAACAACAUUAAAUGAUGCAAAAAAAGAUCGAAAAAUCAUAACAGCACCACCAUUAAAUACAUAUAAUCCGUAUCAACCACCUCCACCAAUGUGUGCACAAGCUCGUGCUGGUAUAUCAACAGCACAAGAAGCUCGUGGUCUUGAACGUUUAACAGAAUUAUUAUUUCCAAAAGAAGCUCUACCACUUCCAUGUGGUAAAGCAGCUGAUUUACCACCAUUAAAAGAAUUAACUGAUAUGCCUGUUUCAAAAGAUGAAAUAGCUGAUAUUAAUCUUGAUGAUGAAGAGUUUGAUCCACGAACAAAAAAAGAAAAACAAAAAGCUUUAUUACAAGAACAACGUGCACUUGUUAAAUUAUAUAAUGAUAAAAAGAAAUUAUUAAAUCCACCAAAAGUUCCAAAAGUUUUAAAACGUCCAAAAAAACUUCCAGCAGUAAAUACAUCAUUGAUUACAAACCCAUAUCAAUUUAUGCCAGUUACGCUCAAUCCAUUUGAUAUGCCACCUAAUAUGCAAAAACGUUCAGAUUAA